GAUGGCGCCAUCACAUCAUACAACGCAGUCUGCGCCUUCGACCCACGUGUGAUCAUUUCCUGUCAAAGAGGGUGACGUGAUAAACACAUUGAAAGAUCUUGUUUUGGAGUGUUUUGAAGCGAUGGAUGAAUUACCUGCGGACCUCAAAGCCUUCCUCCUCAACCACCCGUUCCUUCAGCUUACAGAUGGCAAAAAGAUCAAAUGCACUCUGAAUGGCCAUGAGUUCCCAUGCAACGUGACAGAGCUGCAGAAUUUCACUAAAGGGAAGAAAUAUGAGAAGCUGAGUGCUGCAGCAGAGUUCAACUACAAGCAGUAUGAACCACACAUUGUUCCAAGCACAAAACAACCCAAGCAGCUCUUCUGUAAGCUGACCCUCAGACACCUCAACCGGCAGCCACAUCAUGUCCUAAAACAUGUUAAUGGGAAACGCUUCACGAAGGCCCUCUCCAGAUAUGAAGAGUGUGUGAAGCAAGGGAUUGAAUUCCUUCCAGCCAGACUCAAACAGAAAAGGCCCAAAGACAACGGAGAGGAGGUCACUCGGGGGAGGCCCUCAAAACACGUCAACAACUCGUGCGAACCUUCAUCCAGCGACGACGACCACAGUGACUCAGAGGACAGCAUGAGUGACCUCUACCCUUCCUCGAUGUUCACUAUUAAUAAAGAGGCAGAGGAAAGUACGAAGGGGGCCGCGAAAGAGGUGGAAGACGACUUCCAGACAGAUGAAGAGGAGGAAGAGGAGGAAAUGGAGGUGGAUAAGCAGGUGCUGCAGAAACGCAAGAAGGUACAGGGCGGUGGUUUACAGAAGAAAUUCAGAAAUAACCACUGGAAAUCGGGGCGUAAGAAACCUGGAAAAGUGCCAAAUGGAAAGUAAAAAGCAAAACCAUAUACUUAUUUUUAUACCUGGAGAUUUGGUCGGGGAGCAGCACCACACUUCCAGUUUGGAGUAGUAUUCCUAUGUCUGAGUCAGCCUGACCUUUUGUAUAGGUGAACAUCCAUUCGAGUUUUCAUAUUUUCUGCAUAUGAACGGUUGUCUGUUUUUUCCGGGUUGUGAUGUUGCACAGUUACAAAGAGGCGGGUUUACGCAACAAGGAAAAUGUGUUAGUGGCAGUAAACACAUCAUGUUGACUGGAUGAGUUGUAUUGUCUGGUUUGCAACCAAGUGUGCUAUAAUGAAAUACAAUUUGGAUUUGCAAACAU